AUGUGUGAUGAGGAUGAAACCACAGCUCUUGUCUGUGAUAAUGGUUCUGGGCUCUGUAAAGCAGGAUUUGCAGGAGACGAUGCUCCACGGGCUGUAUUUCCAUCCAUUGUUGGACGACCUCGGCACCAGGGUGUUAUGGUAGGGAUGGGCCAAAAAGAUAGCUACGUUGGGGAUGAAGCUCAGAGUAAAAGAGGGAUCCUCACCCUGAAGUAUCCCAUAGAGCAUGGGAUAAUCACAAACUGGGAUGACAUGGAAAAGAUUUGGCAUCAUUCUUUCUAUAAUGAACUUCGUGUUGCCCCAGAAGAGCAUCCUGUGCUUCUGACUGAAGCUCCUUUAAACCCCAAGGCUAAUCGAGAAAAAAUGACUCAGAUCAUGUUUGAAACAUUUAAUGUUCCAGCAAUGUAUGUAGCCAUUCAGGCAGUUCUCUCUCUGUAUGCAUCUGGCCGAACUACUGGAAUAGUUCUGGAUUCUGGGGAUGGUGUCACACAUAAUGUACCCAUCUAUGAAGGUUAUGCCUUGCCUCAUGCUAUCAUGAGACUCGACCUGGCUGGCAGAGAUCUUACUGACUAUCUUAUGAAAAUACUGACAGAAAGAGGAUAUUCUUUUGUUACUACUGCGGAGCGUGAAAUUGUGCGAGACAUAAAGGAGAAACUCUGCUAUGUGGCUCUGGACUUUGAGAAUGAAAUGGCUACUGCUGCUUCCUCCUCCUCUCUGGAGAAGAGCUAUGAACUUCCUGAUGGUCAAGUCAUCACUAUUGGCAAUGAACGUUUUCGAUGCCCUGAAACUCUCUUCCAGCCAUCAUUCAUAGGGAUGGAGUCUGCUGGUGUCCAUGAAACAACUUACAAUAGCAUCAUGAAAUGUGAUAUUGACAUCCGUAAAGAUCUUUAUGCCAAUAAUGUGUUAUCGGGUGGAACUACCAUGUACCCUGGCAUUGGUGAUCGAAUGCAGAAGGAGAUUACAGCUUUAGCUCCAAGUACUAUGAAGAUUAAGAUGAUUGCACCACCGGAACGAAAAUAUUCUGUCUGGAUAGGGGGUUCCAUAUUGGCUUCUCUGUCAACCUUCCAGCAAAUGUGGAUCAGCAAAGAUGAAUAUGAGGAAGCUGGUCCUUCUAUUGUCCAUCGCAAGUGCUUUUGA